CAUAGCAGCACAGAACAAUAACGUUAAAGCUAAAGAUAAUGCAUUAUGCAUUUUUUUUUGUGUUUAAUUGUGUACGAUUAGAGUAACAAAGGAUAGGUAAUUCGAAAUCUAUAGUUUUCAUUAAUUAUAUGUGAAUUCUCAACAAAAAACCAUUCUGUUGUGAAUAUUGUAACUCAGUUUACCUACUUUAUUACUUGUAAUUAUUUUCAUAACAAUGCAUUAACGACGGCAGUGCAGUUUAAAAGAAGAAAUAAAAAUGGUGACUCUGAACAGUCACUAUGCUAACAGCAAUAAUUCAACACAAUUAGUCGAAACCGUGUCCAUUGAUUAUGACGACUUCAAUGAUAAUUUCUUGACUUGUGCUACUUGUUUAUGUAAGAAUAAGUGUUUGGAUAUUUGUAUUAUUAUUAUUAUUGCUUAAUAAUUAUUGAGUGUGUGUAUUAAUUGGUAGUCUAUUUAGGGAUAUAGGCUCAGGAGGAGGUCGGCUGUUCCAUAGUUGAUAUUUUGCUAAUGAGAUGUGUCUCUUUUAUUAGGCUUCUGGAAAAAGAUUGGAAACAUUACAUUACCAAUUAGCCACUUAUAUUGUGUCUACAAAUAAACAGAAACAUUUUUUUUAUAUUUUUAUAUUCAUUCUAUAUUUUCAUUAAGUUUAGCCGAAAAAGGUUCAUUAUUAAUACCAAACAGAGUUUUGAUUAAAGUGUAAAAUAAUUAUUUCCCUAUUAAAACAAUUUAAUAUCUAUGCAAUUUAUUACCUAUUAUUAAUUACUUGUGUUAUACUAUAGAGUAUAGUUAAAAGAAGUGUUAGACUUAUUAAAAGUUUAUCUAUGUCAGGAAUAGCCAAAAAAAAAGUAGUUUAACUUUGCAAUAAUUAAUAUUAAAAUGUAUAGAUAGAAAAAUAAAUUAAUUUUGACUGUUGUUAAAACCUUUGUCUAACCAAAGAGAAAAAAAUACUAGUUAUUGUUAACAAGUAUGUAUGAAUAUUUUCGUUUGAGUAAUAAAUAAAAAUACAAAUAAUAGUUAAAAAUGUUUAUGGUCUAAUUAUGUAUUUGUAGAUUUAAAUCAAAUUAUUAUUUUUUUAUCUUAUACAGAUUUUUGCUUAAAAAGUAGCAUAUCGAAAAUUGGCUAACUUAUCGUUUCCUAUUUAUCUUCGUAAUCGUGACUAGUAUUAACGUUUAUUUUUACAGGUAUAUAUGAUGGCGCUGAACGUGCUCCAAAACUCUUACCCUGUUCGCAUACUGUGUGUGUUCAUUGUUUAACUAGGAUUGUUGCAGCAUCUAGUAAUAGACGUACAGCAACAUUGGAUUCGUCAAAUAAUGACCAGAGCAGUAAUAUAACACCGUCUCAACAGUUACAGAAUUCACUGGCUGUUCAACAACCUAGGCAAACCUUUAGGUGUCCAAUAUGUAGAGAACUCAUAACUGUACCACAAAAUGGUGGAAUCUUGGCUCUACCGCCAUCAUUUCUAGUCAACCAGCUACUUGAUUUGAUAUCUACUCAUAGGCGUCGUACCUUAAUCCCAUCAUGUAACGGAGGUGCAUUAUCUUCGCACACGAAUCAAGUAUUAUAACUAAUAAUAUAAAGUAAAAAUGUAAUGUUUAAUGUAAAUGUAUUAUUAUAAUAAAAUAAACACUCUCAUAUAAUAAUAUACACAAUUUAAAAUGAUGAUUGAGUAUUACAUCAUAUUUAUUUAUUAUUUUAAUAUAACCAGUUUUAGUAAAAAGCUUUCAUUGAAAAUGAUAUAGAAUUUUUUGUCAAAAUAGGUCAUAAUAUAAACCAAAUCUAAUAAUUGGCUUUGUAUUGCCAUUUAAAAUUAUACAAUAUUUAUUUAUAUUUGUUUAUUUUAAUGUAAUAAAAGCAAAACCAUUGUUAUUGAUGGAUGUUUCAUAAUAAUAAUAAUGCAUAAAUUAUUUCAAAUUUUCAUAUUUUACUAGGAACUGCUCUAUUGUGAGACAUGCGAUCAAGUGUUUUGUUCAAUUUGUACCAAACAUGAGACAGCAAAUGAGGGUACUAGUAAUAUUAUCUCAUCAAAAUCUUCAAAUGUGCAUACUAUAAUUCCAGUAUCGAUUGCUAUGAAACGUACAUCUGAAAUAUUGUUAUACAAAGCAAAUGAGUGUGUCUCUAAAGUAAAUAUAUAAUUGUGAUUACAAUAAAUAAAUAGUUGCUUAAUUGUAAAUAAAAAUAAUUUAUUUUUAAAUUUCAGCUAAAUUGUUCAAAAGAUGUUAUAUGUGCUGAAUUAGACAGAUUGGAAAUUAAUCGUAACAAUUGUUUUACUACUCUGAAUGAAACAUUUAAUGACCUUAUGAAUAUAAUAGAAAAUCGUAAAAAUCAACUUGAAAGACAGUUACUUAAAGCAUGUGAAUUAAAAAAUAGAAUUUUGAACCAACAACUUACAGCAAUUGAAAUUGAAAAAACCAAAGUAUGUAAAAUAAUAUGUGUAUUCAGGCUUAAAAUCCUAAAAAAUCAAACAGUAUAGGGGUUUAAAAGUCCUUACUCUUCUAGUUGUUGUGUAUUAAAUAAUAUUUUCCAAAAAUAUAUUAUAAUAACAACAACACAAUUCAAAGUAAUUUUAUUUAAAUAAAAUUGUAUGUAUUAAUGUGUUAGUAAAUUAUAUUUAAUAAUGGUUAGAGCCGUUAGAGGAGAAUUUUUUAAAUAUUUUUCAAGAAUUUUUUUGCAGGUUUUAAAUACCGAGCCCUGCUUAUUAAUUGUAUAUAGUUUAUACUAUUAUUAAAAUAAUAUUUAGUUAAAAUUCUGUAAUUUCAUGAUUUAUAAAUGAGAGAUUGAUAGCCUUGGUGAUAGUUGUAAACUAUAUUUUUCCAAAAAAAUGGUUUGCCUUAGUAUUAUUACUACAUUUAAUACUUAACUAGGUUUAAUUUUCAAACUUCAUAUUUAAGAGUUUUUAAGAAUUUUAAAUGAUAGUAAUUUAAUUAUUUAUAAAUUUAUAUUGUGUUAGUUACCUGCAGAAUGUUUUUAUAGAUUAUAAUAUAACAUUUAUUAUGUUUAGAUCUAUAGUAUCAUUAAAUAUCAUAUUAUUUAAAUACCUAGGUUAUGGAUGAAUGCAGUAGAGUCCAUGAAUUGAUAGAUCUACAAUCUAUAAAUGACCGGAUACAAAUUUUAAAUGAUCGAUUAGAGCAAUCUACUAGUGGUCUUUAUGAGCCACGGGAAAAUGCUUAUAUUACAGUUGAUUUAAUAGACCUAUCAGAAGUUAAAGAUGUUGUCAACAAUGCCAUUGGAAAAUUAGGUCAAGUUCGUACUACAACAACAUGUCCAGGUUAUUGUAUACUGGAAGUUUCUGAACCAAAUGGUAAUUUCUUUAAAAUAAAUUAUUUAAUUAAUUCAUACUUUAUCAGAUUUAACUAUCAAAGUAUUUUUAGGAGAAAAUCUGGUGUUUCCUCGAUUGGUUGACAAACAAAUUGCAAUUUUAACAGCAAUGGAUUUUGAUAGAAAACGUCGCCCGAUGGGUGGUGAUCCAGUCACUGUAAAGUUAAUUGGCCCCUUAGACAAUAUACAAGCUGAUCGAUCUAUACAUAAUUUAGGAUACCAAGAUAACAUUUCUAGUGAUGGUGUACAUGUUAUUGACACUACAAAUGGCCAAUACAUAAUUCGUUUGCAAAUUUCUAUUUGUGGAAGGUAUGUAGAUUAUGAUAAUUUAUUAAAGCGAUUCAAUUAAUAAUUUAUUCACUUAUGAAUAUUGGUUUAGAUAUCGCCUACAUGUUUAUGUGCUUGGUAGACCAGUAGCAUUUAAUGAUAAUAUUGGUCAUAUUGAAUUUUCUAUAACUAAUAACAUUGAUCCUUUAUGUCAGUAUAACAAGAACCCUCCAAUGCUUCAACCCACAGCUAUAACAGGAGAUUUGAACGAGUCUAGAGUAAGUAAAUCAAAGAAAUAAUUAUAUUGGAAUAUGGUAAGUGAUACUCAAACAUUUUAUUUUUUUUUCAUACUCAGGUAUUUGUAUUAGAUACAGGUAACUGUCGCAUAAGAAUACUUGAUACUGAUUUAAAUUAUAUAUGUGAUAUACAAAAUAUUGAAGCUAUGCGUGGCCGUUCUUCGACAGGAAUUGGAUUUUUGAGUAACAAAACAUUAAUUACUGUAAAUUGGCGCACAAAUAUAAUUACUCAGUAAUAAUUAUGACAUAAAUAAAUGUAUUAAUUUAUACAAAAAUUAGAAAUUCUUUUUUUUUUUUUAGAAUGACUCUGGAUGGUGAAACCAUUAAAACAUGGACGCAUUCUAGUAUGAUUGAACCUAUGUGUGUUGUUGUAGACCGAACAUAUGAUCAAGUUUUAAUAGGCGAUUCGUCAUGUAAUGUGCAUGCAUUCAAAGUUUCAACUGGGGAACAUUUAUUUACAGUAAGAUUAAAAACCAUAUUGUGUAUUUUUAAUUUAUCAAUUAUACACAUUAAUUUGAUAUCUUCUUUUUUUUAUUGCACAUUUUAAAAUACUUAAUAUCUAUUUUAAAAAUAAAAAAUAUGUUUGGAUUAUUACUUAGUAAAUCAAACUUAAUUUUUUAUUCAGAACUCUAACCUAGAAAAUAUUUUUCAUAUAAUAUGGGAUUUAUGAAGUUAAGUUUGAUAACAUAAACACUACUUAGUUUUAAUUAAUUAAUUUAUUCCUUGUUUUACAAAGAUAAAUAAUAGCAAAAUCAAUGGAAAAUCUAUGGAUUUCGUUGGUACUUUUAUGGCUAUAGGUCCAAACUCAGAAAUCAUUGUUAUCUCUGGUAUUUCAAACCCUGAGUGUCGCUGUUUAGAUAUAUAUUCGUAUAAAGGUGUAUAUGAAAGAUCUAUUAAAAUCGCUACAACAGAUAAAUGUAAGUAGUUGGUAAAUUGGUUUGAAUCAGUUAUAUAUGUUUAUUAUCAUUAAUGUUUUAUAUUGAACAUUGAACUACAAUUAAAAUAAUUUAUUAUUUUUAAUUAUUUUUCUUUUAGCGAAACAACCAUAUAACUCGUUAACUACAUGUAAUCAUUUUGUAUUGGCUACAAGACGACAUUCAAAUUCUUAUUUUAUUGAUUUGAUUGAUAUUAAUACUGAAAAAUUAAUAAACACUAUUGAUUCAAAUACAUGCAAAUUACGUCGCCCAGCUGGUAUGACAGCAUUUACUGAAACUCAAAAUUCUACUUUAGUAAAUAACGAUCAACAUUUAUUAUAUUAUUUAUUAGUAACUGAUGUUGCAACAGAUAGUGUUUAUAAGUAUCAAUUUUUUUAGCAAAAAACAAUUGUCUACUUAAUCUUUGGUAUAAAAAACCAAUGUUGUAUAUUUCUCUCUAUCUUGAUAUUUGUGUACUAUUAUUUUAGUGUAGUUUAUGUUAUGCAUUAAAAAACAAAAAUUCCUAUAAAUUUAAUUUUCAUAGCUUUCAAAUAUUCCAUUUAUUUUUCAUUUGUGAUCAAUUUCUGAUCUUUUGGUCGAAUAUUGGAUCUAUUUCAUACCAACUCAGUUUUUAGUAUAUUUAAUUAUUAGAACAAGAAAAAAUCUGCUUAUUUAUUUAAAAAUUUAGUAAAUAAAAGAUUUACUUUGUUUAACUUUAUGUGCUAUAACAUUUUUAAUAAUAUAUUAUAUUAAGGAGCUUAUUAGAUUUAUAUAGUAUUAGAAUUUUAACAGUAAUUAUACUAAUGCCAAUGAAGAAAUUAUACAAUUUGAAAACUAUGUAAAAUAUAACUUACAAUUUUUUUUAUUAUUCAUAUUCUAGUCACAUUUUUGUACUUAUCUUUUCUUCUGUACAAUAUUAUAAGAUAAAUUAUAAAAUAGUGUUCAGUUUCAAAUAGCAUUAUAAUAUAAUAAUAUAAAUAUUUGUAUUGGAGAUAAUAUGUCACUGAAUAUAUUUAGUAUAGUGCAUUAAUAUAACUAACCAUUUAAACAAUAUUGUUAGUUAAAAGUAUGAUGAUUUUUACACAUCAAUUUAUUUGUUAUAACACUAACUUAGGGAAAUAUAUGUUUUAAUGUUAAAUAAAGGCAAGCAACUACAUAACAUUUUGUAAGAUAUAUACAGUAUUUAUUAAAAGUUUGCUACUUCUUUAAUAAAUGUACUUCAAUUAUUUUGAAAUCUUAUGCUUAACAGUUUUGACACGAGAUUAAAUAACUGACAGUUAAAAUACAAGGAAAAAAAUUUAAUUUUAACGAGGUAAGUACAUACACCUACACAGACUGAA